GUAAUUGUCGACUGCCACCGCAAGAUGAAAAAAUAUCAUAAUGAGUGAGCUGCGUAAAUCCUCGCCGUUUUUAUCUAUUUUACUGAGCAUCAUUAGCAGUCCUCAGAUACAAGUUCACUUUACUCUCAGUUCUGGUGAUUCUAGGUGAAAACACUCAUUUAUUUGACGAUUGACGCUUUGGGGGAUAACUCGACCACACUGGUUGGUGCGUAAGUUGUAAUCCAGCUUUCCACAUUGUUUACGAUCCUUAGUUGACAGAAUGGCGGCCAUCGGAAAUGCGUCCUUCAAUAAUGUCCUUGAGACAAGUCAGAGAAACAUGAGCACGCCUGCUCCAGAACAUUGUUUAAGCACGGAUCUUAGCCAACUCACAGCUACAAUACACAUUUUCACGCUGUUUGCAUCCUUGAUAGGAAAUUCUCUCCUUAUUACAGCAUUCGUGAGAAUGAAAGAAAAAGUCCUGCUAGCGAUCGCUAGCAUGGCAGCAUCGGACCUUCUGACGGCAGUCUUUUUACUCCCGCGCUUCAUUACAAACGAAAUCAAUGGAUCCGGUGCUUUCCUUGUCCAUGGAAAUGGAGGCACAUUUUUGUGCAAGAUGUGCGGUUUCCUAGGCGACACGUCGCUAUCUGUUUCGACUCUGAGCAUGGUUGUUAUCGCUAUUGAGCGCUUCCUUGCAGUGGUGUAUCCUAUUCAAUACAAGAAUACCUCUAGAGUGAGACGUCGCGUUUUCUUCGCCUUAACAUGGAUCAUGGCUGCAGCAUUUCACUCGCCAUACUUUUAUACUCAUCGACUAAUCAGAUUUUUUAGGAAUGGCCAUGAGAUUCAAAUCUGUCUACCGAGGUGGGAACCAGCUUUCAAUAACGAGUCAGCGCAUUAUCUAUACAAUAUAUUUCUAUACGCAACAGUGUUGAUUCUACCGCUACUCGCCAUUUCUGUUUUGUACAUAAUAGUGGCUUUGCGUCUCCGAAAGGACAAAAUGAGUUCAUGUCGAAGCGAGAACGGAACAAGACGGAUUCGAAGACGCACUCGGACAUUCCUCAUGAUGGCCAUUUCUACUACUACAGCAUUUUUGAUCUGCUGGAUGCUCCAUAUCGUUUUAACCUCCAUUAGGCUCAUUUCACCUUGGUUGGAUCUAGAGUGCAAUAAGGGCUACCAGACAGUUUCCUAUAUUUCGUACGUUUUGGCGAGUUGUUAUUGUGCUGUAAACCCAUGGCUUUGCCUUUUGCUUAUCCCACAGUUUCAAAAUGAACUGAAACUCAUGAUGCAGAAGAUACAAUCUCGAUGUUAUGCAAAGAAGAGUAAAAGAUAUGGUAAAAAGUAUAUACGCUCACGGAAAUACGAAGUGAAGGACGUCAUGCAUCGAUUUGAAAGCUGUGAUCAGUCAACCAUUCACGUUGGCGAAGACCAGGAAACCCAAACUUAAGAAAGUCGCGAUUUUAUACAGAUCUUUUCCAGUGUUUAUUGGUAACCUCUCGUCAGCACCACCUUGGAGAAGGCAAACACACAGCCUACUUCAUCGGCUAAGCGAUUGAGAUAAUUAUACGCUCGCACGCGAGAUGUUUCUUUCUCGGGCUAUUGCGGCCUGGAGGGAAAAGCCUCCAUCGACGAGAGAUAUAAUUUUUUCCUUCAUUUCGCCGAUCCGCCCUGCAAUAAUUAUCCUGCUGAAGGGGAUCCAUCUUACGCCAGAACAUUCCUGAGACCUGAAAAGAAACGCCUAUAUUCUUCUUUUGGUUUGUUAAACUGUAAAACGGUUCGUUUGUACAUCUAAAUCCGAGCUAUCGGUGUCAGUCGCGUUCGAAUUAAAGCUCCUCACCUCACCUUUAUAAGACAGCUUCGCGAGUCAACUUGAUUGAAAAUGAAAUUUUUUAUGUUA